AUGUUAGAAUACGAAGAAAGUCCUCCGCCACUCAAUCACUCGCCUUCUCCGAGUGAUCGGUCGCAUUUCACCUCUCGAGAUACGACCCCCGUUACACCCGUCGGCACCGGGCCAUUUUUUGGCAGGAAGACAGAGAAGGACACGCUUCCUUGGUUCAGGAAACCCAUCGACGUCGGACGCACUACUACGAGACUUUGUCUAGAUACCGAUUCCUCCCUCCUCGCUCCGGACUUUGACGACAACUCUUUCCCAACUUUUGGCGCCUCGCCACCACCUAAGGGUAUGGCGAGCGUAGCCAACCCUCUCGACAUCUCUAUGAGACAGACUUCGACGUCACCACGUGGCAAUCAACCGUCAAACUUGACAUCCGCGCUGCAGCGCAGUGACAGCGAAGAGAAGCGCAUGAUGGCCAACCCAACACCAGAGACGGCGCUUAAUCGCCCUUUACCCCAGAUGCCUUCCAGUUCCUCGAAUGACUUUGCCAACUUUGAGCAUGGCGCAAGACCAAUCUCGGUGAAAGGCAUGGCGCAUGACAGGGCGAGACGCGAGAGUCUGGCCCAGAGCCUCAACGCGGGUAUGAGCUGGGGAGGAAUAUCUGUUGGGAGUUGGAUACGAGACGACAUGGUCAUGUCUGGAACCUCGCCCUUCACCUUUAAUUCGCCCUCGUUUCAUUCGUCCUCGUACCUACCCAAACUCGAGGCCAACUUCAUGAAAGAUUUCUCUUGCUGUGGCCUUACUCUGCCGACCUUACAUGAUCUCCUACAGCACUAUGAAGAAGCCCACGCGCAGAGAGAUCCGCAGCAGUCCGGCACCAGCCAACAAGCUGUUCCAGAUAGUCGAGCGGCAAUUGCGGCUACCACGGCGGCUCAGGUCCAACAAGAAGCUCAACAGCGCAACCAACAGCAACAGUCACACAAUGGCCCUGGCCGGCCUUUUGGGACGCAGCAGAAUGUCGCCCAGAAUAUCCACCGACCUUCUGGAUUCUCCAGCACGUUACAGACCAUUCCGGACAUGGACACAGUGGAGGACAUGGAGAUGGAUGACAUCGAUGGGACCGAUGAAACGACGCCACCACCGAACCUGUACACACAGAACCAAUCCCAAACCUCACCCCAAACCUCUUUUGCCACCCCAUCGCAGCAGCCACAAAUACCUCAGCUCAACACCACGAUGAUGCAAGGACACCAAGCUUACCGGCAGUCCACCCCCAACACGCCUGUGGCGCCAGGGCGCAAUGCAGCACGCUUCCAGGGCAACACGUCAUCUACGUUGAUGCCUAACCCUAUGCAGCAGUUCCAAGACCUGCAGACCGGUUAUCGAGGUACUCCAGACUCGUCCGCCCCUGGCACUCCCGGUGAAAUGGGCGAUGGGAUGAUGGACGGUAUCGACGACAUGUCAAUGCAGAACCUCGCCUUGUACAAUGGACUUCCUAACGGGAUUGGUGGCUAUAAUUUCGGCAUGAAUAACGACAUGAUCGAUCUUUGCAUAGACGAACCGUCGAAGCGUCUAUUUUCCACUGGUAACCAGGGCAUGAAUCAAGCACAAUCAGGGCAACAAAUCGCACAGAAUCGCCUUGGGACUGGUCAAUAUGGGGCAAACAGCGAAAUUGCGAGGACAAUACGCGAACGACAAGCCGCUGCCGGGCUACCCGAUACCACCACAAACAUUCUUCCGCAUGAAGAACCUAAACCUUUCCGAUGCCCCGUCAUUGGCUGCGAGAAGGCAUACAAGAACCAGAAUGGUCUGAAAUACCAUAAAGCGCAUGGUCACAAUAACCAGCGACUUCAUGAGAAUGGGGAUGGUACCUUCUCCAUUGUCGAUCCCGAUACCCAGGCACCUUAUCCUGGAACCAUGGGAAUGGAAAAGGAGAAACCUUACAAGUGUGAUGUUUGUCAAAAACGCUACAAGAACCUGAACGGACUCAAGUAUCACAAGACACAUUCACCGCCUUGCAAUCCCGAACUUCAGCUCAAUGCGAACAAGAGUCCAUCACUCGGUAUGCCUAACAUGAUUGCUGGCCAACAAACAGGCAAUAUGGGAGCUGGUCUCUCGGGGGAUCUGUCCAUGAUGUGA